CCACAAUCCCGGGAUAGCAGGGAGGGGGGGGAGGCGAACUGCAGCCUGUGAUUCAGCGGAACAGGGUGUCCAUCCAUCUGUGCAUCGAGCAGGAAUUUAGGACUUGGCGGGUCAGUACAAGGGAACCGGUUUUACUUCUCUCUUCAAUAUGAGGAAGGAGAGGAAAUGGAGGGCGGCUGCCUGUACAGGAAGUCUAAUGCAAAGUUCCACUCACUUCCUGGGUACCCACAAUGCUCUCUGGCCAGUGGGGUGGUCAACUUCUUCCUGGCUCGUACAGAUGCUGUACAGAGGGUGGGAUUUGACCCCAAGCUCCAGAGGGUAGCGCACUCAGAGUUCUUUAUGGAUGGCCUGGGCUCCUUGCUGGUUGCCAGCUGUGACCAUGUGUCCAUUGGCCAUCAGCCCAAAACAGCCAACGAAAAGGAUGCAGCUCGCUACGCCAGCUUCAGAAAUCCUUCACACGGUGACUCAGAGUUCAAACUGCAGCUUCACUUCUUCAAAAACAACCUCAAGUGUAUCCGAUAUGGAUAGAACACAACUGGAAGACAUUGAAGUCACUGGUUGUACCUAUUGACUUUAUUCACAUUAUUUAAUAACCCAUAAAGAACAUUAUGAAUUUGGAAGCUGCUGUAAUAAUAAUAAUAGUUUAAUUUAGUAUAAUGACAAAGGUGCCACCACUGAAAAAUUAAAUGAGAUAUUAGAUUUAAAUAGCUUUAAUCAAACACACUCAAAUUUACUCAAAGGGAAAUCCAACAUUUACUUUUCAAUUGAUUGUUUUUAACCAACAUUUAAGCCAGUAGAUACAGACUUCGUUCUAUCAAAAUGAUAAAAGGUAAAGAAACAUCUAAAAAUAGUAAUCCUGUUCUUACUAAAGGUUUACAUGUGUAUGUUGAUACAAACCUAAGAACUUAUGCAUAAAACCCUUUUUCAAAAAGAUAAAGGUCAUAUUCUCAUUUAGGCUGGGUCAAUGUAUAUAGCCUAAUACAAAACAAAACUUGUGAAAAGUUGAAAUCUUCUUUAAAAUGAAACACUAGUAUUACAGUGCAAGGUAUGCAAGUAUAAAACAUUUAAACGGCUCGAUUUGCGAAAAGCUAUUUCUCAAAGGACCUAACAUUCUGUGCUAAGGAAGAAAAAUGUCACUGUUUACAAUGCCCCAGGAAUCACUGCGGUCUGGAGAUCCAGCACCUGUAUGUUACAGUUUUCUGCUGAAACACAAACAUUCUGAGUCUUUGGAUUCUGAUUUUUGAGGCACUACUUCAUUACCACUUGUAGCCAAUGCAUUUACCAAGUGCACCAAACGCAGGCUCUCUGCUUUACACUCAAUUUGUAAUUUAAUAACACAUUUUUGAAAAACCUUAAACACACUUACUGCUUUACACUCUGAAAUUCAAUAACACACGUCUAGCAAAACUGUAAUAUUUAUUUUGCUUCACUAUUUUCUUAAUUAGCAUCCCACACUGACACAUGUGAAAACACUUUUAGAUAAUAGAGUUUUUCUCAAUUGCUAAGACUGGUAACUGGUAUUUACUUGAUCUCUAUCAACUUCUUAGCACAGCAGAUGUUAACAUGUUUUUAUUGGUUUCACACAGUGCUGUCCUUUUUUUUCUUCUGAAACACUAACAGUGAUUCAUGAAGCACUAUUUCAGAAAACAAAACAAAUUACUUUCUUAACGCUGCUUUACACAAAGUUUACAAUUCAACAACACCAUAGCCGGAGAUCCACAUUAUAUAUGGUCAUUGCAAAUACCUGGAUCACACUCAGAGAACUACAGGACCACAUAGCGGCAGGUAACACAAUGUUCCAAAACAUCACCAGAGUUAGUCUCUCUUCAUUGGGUGAAGCCGCUGUAUAGAGUCUCGUUCAACAUACAGUAAAGUUAAUUUGUGUAAAACAAGUGAGGAAUACACAUCCGUAUUUUACACAUUCGGGCACCUGUAUUUGUGGGUUUUAAUUGUACUACAUGCAUGACAAAACUUUAUCGCAAACUGCUAUGCCUUCACACAGAAAACGCAAAAGCAAAAGCGUUAUUUUAUUUUUACUUGUAGUUACUGCUUUGUGUCCAUUUGGGUGUACUGUAUUGUUACAAAAAUACAAGUUUGAAGAGUUUGAAGAGUUUUGCAAGAAUUGUUGUCUUUUGCAUAAUAUGUAUAAUGUUUUAUUUUCCUCUUUUGUCAGCAGAAAAUUUCGCCAGUCCA